AUGUCUUCAGAUAACCAGUGGUCAGCAGAUGAGGAAGAAGGCCAACUCUCCCGGCUGAUCAGGAAAUCUAGGGACUCCCCAUUUGUCCCCGUAGGAAUAGCAGGCUUUAUGACUGUGGUGUCCUAUGGUCUUUACAAGUUAAAGUACAGAAAAGAUCAGAAAAUGUCCAUUCAUCUUAUUCACAUGAGAGUUGCUGCCCAAGGAUUUGUUGUAGGAGCUGUGACUCUAGGUGUUCUCUAUUCUAUGUAUAAGGAUUACAUCAGACCUCGAUUCUUCAAUGUGUCCAAAAAAUGAAGCUACAUCUAAGACAAGAAGGCUUCUGAAAGCUAUUUAUUAUGAAGAAUAAAUUCUCAAUAUGUAGCAAAUUAUACUGCAGAAGAAUGAGACAGGAUUCUCAUAGCCUUGUAUAUACAGUAAGUCUCAACUGUUUACAAAGUUGAUCUCCAAAUCAGCAAUCACAGUCAACUCAAAAAUAUCCUUAUUGUCUUUCAGAACCUAGGAUAUGAUUUUCUGACUUUUAGAAUUUUUCCUUUCUAGUUAGUGGCAGACAAUAUAUUAUGCCAAACCAAUCUGAAAAUUAGGAGUUAUAAUAGUGGCUACAGAAAAAUUAUCUAUAUCCAUAUUAAAUGUGAUACUCUAUUCAUCACUUAAUUCUCUCCAUAUAGGGCAAGGUAAUUAGAGCUUUCAUAAAUUCCUUUUGAGAAUGGGAAACAAUUGUAUCAGAGGAGAAUGGUCAUGUUGUUAUUAAAAUUUGGUUUACCACUGUGCACCUCACUCUAAUCUAAAAACUUGACUAUUUUGCCACAAACAUCAAUGUUUAACAUUUAAAUAUAUCUGUGUAUUCAUUUUUAUACUUCUUGAAAGUAUUUCUAGGAUCACAAAGGUAAAUUGCUAAAAAAAAAAAUCCCUUUCCCCCAGAUGGCAAUUGUGGGGGUGAAAGGAGUUCGUCUAAUGCUAUUGCUAAUC